AUGACCUCUUCAUCCGAUUCCUCUGACGGAUCUUCGACCGACUAUGAAGACCGUGAUCAAGAAGCUCGUCGACACGAAAAAUAUUUGAAUUCGUUCAUGGACGAGGACCAAGAAGACGACUUCAAAGAAUACACGACGAAAACAAAGAGCAAGUGCUGGACGAGCUUUCAGGACUUUGUCGAAAAAAUCAUCACGAAUCCGACGUAUCAUAAAAUCUUCUUACUCCUUGUUGUUAUCGACACGACUUUGGUUUAUACCGAGCUUCUUAUUGGAAUGAUGGCUGAAAACCUCGAUACUUGCGAUUGUCCUAACGCUUGCGAAGAUUGGUGCCUUCUUCCACCAGAAAUUCCCACAAAUUCAACGGAAUCAACAAGGUUUCUUCAAACUUUGCCUUUCAAUGGAUCUGAUGAGUCCAGUGGAAAUGAAUGUUGCAAGUACCAACGACUGCUGCAGACAUGGAUACGAAUGGGAUACACAACUUUUGCGCUGCUUUCACUUUUCUUCAUCGAAACGAUUGUCAAACUCACGGCGCUUCCUCAUUUGCUCUCCCGUAAAAUGGAAAUUGCCGAUGCUAUGCUUGUGAUUGUCUCUUGGAUCAUGUGUUUCAUCAUCGUCUUUACCCUCGAAGAACCCGAUUGCGAAGGAGAUGGAGGCGAUAGUGGGGGAAAUCUCAACGGAAUGAAAGGAGUUGUCAUGCUUACUUUUCGAAUGCUCAGAAUUUUUAACGGCCUCGCGAUGCUUUUCGCGAAUUUCUUCGAAGGAAAGAUCAGACGAUACCAAGAAAAGAUCAAGUUCCAAACUCAGAUGCUCAAUCAAAGUCAAGAGGAAAAGAAACGACUUGCAACAACUGCGCAAAAGAUCUUACGAGACAAACAGAACUUGCAAUUGCAGCUUCAAGCAGUCACAAUGUCUUACAACCAAGCGACUCAACAGAACCAGCCACCGCCAAGAGGGCCUCCUCCAGCAGGAGGAUCAUUCCAACAGCCAGCUAGAAUGCUUGCUCUUCCAACCGUUCAUUCGCCAAUUCCAGGAGGAAACACAGACGACGAAGCUCUAGAAAAUCUCAUUGAGCACGAAAUCACCGCCGCUGAAAGCGCUCUCGCCUCAAACUCGACGCGAGUGACUGAAAUAAACGACACGGAAAUUCUCCGAGAAAAUCCACCCUCCUUUUUGCCACCGAUUGCUCAAGGAACAGGACCAUCUGUUAUCAUCACCCCUCCAUAUGUCCCCGUUUCCAAAUCUCCUCGACGAAGCAAAAAGAAGGAUGAAAAAGCUACAUUGGAAGUGCCGCAAGAAAAUUCUCCUCAUCAUCGAAACACAAAUCCAUUUGAUCAAGAUUGA